GACUGAGUCGGUGGCUGAGAAGAUGCUGACUAACUGGUUUGCCUUCCUCCUCCACAAGUUCCUCAAGGAAUGUGCUGGAGAGCCGCUCUUCAUGCUCUACUGUGCCAUCAAGCAACAGAUGGAGAAAGGUCCGAUUGAUGCCAUCACAGGAGAAGCCCGUUACUCCCUCAGUGAGGACAAGCUGAUCCGGCAGCAAAUUGAGUACAAGACUCUGAUCCUAAACUGUGUGAACCCGGACAAUGAGAACAGUCCAGAGAUCCCUGUGAAGGUGCUGAACUGCGAUACCAUCACUCAAGUCAAAGAGAAGAUCCUCGAUGCAGUAUACAAAAACGUCCCAUAUUCUCAAAGACCAAGAGCUGUUGACAUGGACUUGGAGUGGCGGCAGGGCCGGAUAGCUCGUGUGGUCCUGCAAGAUGAAGACAUCACCACCAAGAUUGAGGGAGAUUGGAAGCGCUUGAACACCUUGAUGCAUUAUCAGGUAUCAGACCGCUCAGUUGUGGCUCUCGUUCCCAAACAGACCUCCUCCUACAAUAUUCCUGCCUCUGCCAGUAUAUCCCGGACAUCUAUUAGUAGAUAUGACUCCACCUUCCGCUACACCGGCAGCCCCGACAGCCUGCGCUCCCGGGCCCCCAUGAUCACCCCCGACCUGGAGAGCGGUGUCAAGGUCUGGCACUUGGUCAAAAACCACGACCACGGAGACCAGAAGGAAGGAGACCGGGGCAGUAAGAUGGUGUCUGAGAUCUACCUGACCAGGCUAUUAGCUACAAAGGGUACGCUGCAGAAAUUUGUGGACGACUUGUUUGAGACACUGUUCAGCACCGUGCACCGCGGCAGCGCGCUCCCGCUGGCCAUCAAGUAUAUGUUCGAUUUCUUGGACGAGCAGGCAGAUAAGCACGGCAUCCAUGACACAGAUGUGAGGCACACGUGGAAGAGCAAUUGCAUUCCCAGAAGAUUGUGGGUGACCGUAAGCAAAACCCGCAAGUCGGUGUUUGAUAUCCACAAAGGCAGCAUCACGGAUGCCUGCCUCUCUGUUGUGGCUCAGACCUUCAUGGAUUCCUGCUCCACCUCGGAGCACCGCCUGGGCAAGGAUUCCCCCUCCAACAAGCUGCUGUACGCCAAGGACAUCCCCAGCUACAAGAGCUGGGUGGAGAGGUAUUACGCAGACAUUGCCAAGCUCCCCGCCAUCAGCGACCAGGACAUGAACGCCUACCUCGCUGAGCAGUCGCGCCUGCACUCCGCCGAGUUCAACAUGCUGAGCGCGCUCAACGAGAUCUACUCCUACAUCAGCAAGUACAGCGAAGAGCUCAUUGGGGCUUUGGAGCAGGAUGAACAGGCACGUAGGCAGCGUCUGGCAUACAAAGUAGAGCAACUUAUCGGUGCCAUGUCUAUUGAGAGCUGAAGAAAGGUUGCGGUGCUCACGGACGGCAAAGGGCAGAGGAUUGCACGGACUCUCGGGAAUUAAGAGGGAGAACAAGCAAGAAAGGCGCUGGACACAUAUAAAUACCAAGGCUCUUCUGGAGGGAGCAGAGACUGGCCCAAGGACUGACUGUGUUCAAAAUCAUGUAGGAUCCGGUUCAAAAAGGCAGGAAAAGAAAAAGACAGCAUCUCAGUCAAAGUCAAAUCAAGAUGGAUCAUUUUUUCAAGCAUACAUGGAAAGAAGGAACCUGGAAAGUCUGGAUGUCUCCAUGACUGCUGCUUUGCAUGAAAAUUGUUUGAUGUAUAUUAG